UUUUAGAAAGGCAUGAUCAACGUAAAUGAUUGUGAUAUCUAUCCAAGGGUAACUACAAAUAAUAUAUAUAACCCAGUAACCCACGUUUUCCUUUAAGCGGUUACACAUAUUCAAGUUUCUUCUUCUGCAGUUCCCAGAUAUUCUACGAAAAUGGCCCUCGAAGCUGCGGUCAAGGCUGCUGUUGGUGCACCCGAUGAGAUUGGGGACUGCCCUUUCAGUCAGAGGGUUCUCUUAACUUUGGAGGAGAAGAAACUUCCUUACAAAUUGCAUCUCAUCAAUCUAUCCGACAAACCCAGUUGGUUCUUGAAAGUGAGCCCAGAAGGAAAAGUGCCAGUGGUGAAGUUUGAUGACGAAUGGGUUCCUGAUUCUGAUGUCAUUGUGGAGACUCUUGAGAAGAAGUAUCCAGAGCCUUCUCUGGUUACUCCUCCUCAAUUUUCUUCUGUGGGAUCGAAGAUAUUUAGUGCUUUUACAAAAUUCUUGAAAAGCAAGGACCCGAAGGAUCAUUCGGAGCAGAAUUUACUUGAAGAGUUGAAGGCGCUUGAUGAGCAUCUUAAGGCUCAUGGACCUUAUGUUGCUGGAGAGAAGGUAACUGCUGUUGAUUUGAGUCUGGCACCGAAGUUGUACCAUGUUGAUGUUGCUCUUGGCCAUUUUAAGAAGUGGUGUAUCCCCAAAGACUUGGCCUGUUUAAUCUCCUACAAAGAGUUGCUUUUCGCUCGAGAAUCAUUCGUGAAGACGAAAGCUACCCCAGAACAUGUAAUUGCUGGAUGGGAGCCCAAGGUGAAUCCUGCAUGAAUACAGGGACGCAUUCACCCUAAGUUAUGAAAUAAUUGGAGGGGUUUAAUCCUUGAGAAUUUGGCUGGUGGUGCUUUGCUUGCUAUCUUCCCUAUGUUUCAAUAAAUAUUGUAUUUUUCUUAUCUGGUGCUCUUAACGGAACAGUGUAACAUCUUUAUGCCUAAUCUUUUAAGUCUGCCUUCUGUUUUAGUAAAGGCUGUGAGAGCUUUGGUUA